UUCGGUUCAUAUUACAAGAACUGUGACUUUACUGUGCUCAAUACUUGAAUUUGCUUUCAAGUAAACAAGUUUAGCUUUACUUUGAACAAGCCAUAUGCUUUCUGUCGGAGUUUCUGAUUCUUUUUUCAAAGCCUGCUUCUCUGUUUCUUCCUUUCUGUUCGUUAUAUUUUUUAUAUUAGUUCUCUUUAUCAAACUCCUCAAGUCAUCUUGGAUUCCAAUCAAUUCUCUGGGUGUUUUUAACGAGUUUUUGGAGAUGAAUAGAUUCUUGGGUUCCCGGUGCUCUGAAGUGGGUCAAUAAAUAUGUAGGGAUGCCAAUGCAGAUGAUGCAAUUCUUCUUCAUUGGUAUUGCCAUUCAAGAAGCCUGAUAUCUCUUCCACUUCCAGUAUUCUUUGGAACCACCAAGCCCCCAGCGAAGUUCUACAGAUACAUAUCUGCACUAAAAGAUGGACAACAGGCGACAGUCACAAACCAGGGACCAUGUUUCUGUUGAUGUCAAAGAGGAUGCUCUUGUAUCUUCUAUCAAAGACAAGAUGGAAACAGAAAGUACUUCAAUUAGCAUCUCCAGAGUCCUCGAUGAUCUUCGUAAAGGAAAUGAGGUUAUGUAUAUUCCUGAUAAAGUUUCCAUUGGCCCUUUCCACCAUGGAAACAUUCUUCUAAAAUCCAUGGAAGACAACAAGUGGCGAUAUAUGUCUGCACUCCUCAAUCGAAAGCCAAAUCUCGAGUUAAGGUUAGAUAGAUGUGUGGAAGUACUCAGAGGAUUGGAGCACAGAGCACGGUUAUCUUAUAAAGGUGGAGUCAGUCUCUCAACUGAUGAUUUCGUGCAGAUGAUGUUAGUUGAUGGCUGUUUCAUCAUAGAGCUAUUCUUAAAGUAUACCUUUAAGAAUCUAAGACACAGGAAUGAUCCUAUAUUUAGCAAACAUGGGAUGCUCUUUGACGUGAGGUGCAACAUGAUGUUACUUGAAAACCAGAUUCCCUAUUUCAUUCUCCAAAGGUUAUUUCAAAUUGUACCAAUUCCAAAAAAUUGUGGCCAGUCCCUCAAUGAGCUCGCCUUCCGAUUCUUCAAAAGGGUGAUCCCCGGAGAUCUGAAAGUUAUUCAGGAGAGAUUUAACCAUGAAGGGUAUCAUUUACUUGACUUGAUCCACCACUGUUUCCUUCCAACAUAUCCAAGAGUUCAACCAAAAGAAGGUGGAACCCGGCAGGACUUGGAUUGUGCAACAAACCUCAAAAAAGCAAGAAUUAGGUUCAAGAAGACUCGUACCAAAAGCUUGUUAGACAUCAAGUUUGUUAAUGGAGUCCUUGAAUUGCCUGGGUUAGAAGUCCUUACAUGUACAGAAACCCUUUUCCGGAACCUCAUUGCUCUUGAGCAGAGUCACUGUGAUAGCGCACAGCACAGCUUCACAUCUUAUGCCUUUCUGAUGGGUAGCCUUGUAUGCUCUGAGAAAGAUUUGAAGUUGCUUGGCAAACAACAGAUUCUCAUCUAUGAAAAGGACAAACGGAAAGAGGUUUCUGAACUAUUCAGGAAACUCUGCGUGGCUGCGAAACCGAUGGACUCCUAUUAUAGGGGGCUUUUUGAACAAGUGAAUGAGUUCAAAAGAACCCAUUGGCUUGGAUUUUGGCAGCGAUUGAAGCACAGCCAUCCAAAAUCUCCUGUUGCACUUGUGGUGUUCACCUUAGCCAUUAUGCUUAUUGUUCUCACCUUUGUUGGAGCAUUUUUUUCUGUACUCACAUUCUGUCUCCACCAUAUAUAGGGAAGAUGAGGAUCUUAUCCUCAAACAAAGUGAGAAAAUAAAAUCAUGAUUAUCUUCGGGAUCCAUCAAAUGUAGCAAAGAUGAUUUAAACACUGCAUUCUAUUGUAGCGAAGACAUUUUUUUUUUUUUUUUUUUUGCUGCACAGA